CCCCUCCCCCAACACCCGGGGCUCCGAGCAGGAGGAGGAGGGGCUGGUGCAUUCUCGCCGCCGUUCUUUGCAACCUGCGGGGGCCGGUGCAUGCCCAGCGAGGAGCCGGGCCGCUGCAGGUGCGUUCAACCUCAGAGGAGACGACCCCCCCCACCCCAGGCGAACCUGGGGGCUGCAACCCACCGGCAGGCGGUCGAGCGAGAGGAAGCAACAAAGACAGGCUGCAGCUGGGGCCGGCGAGAGGGGCCGCGGCCGCCGGGCUCCUGGUGCGGGCGGAGAGGGCGCCCGGGGGAGCGGCGCCGGGCGGAGCUGCAGCCCUAAGCUGGACCCGGAGGGGAGGCACAGCGCCGCCCGCCGGACGCGGUGAGCACAGGCCCCGGGGAGGAUGCGCUGCCUGAGCGCCCGCGCGGCCCGGGUCGCGGGCGGGCGCGACCCCCACUGAGCCGAGAGAAUCCCCACCCUCGACUUCGGACGGCGCGAGCCGGCGCCUGGAUCGACCUCACCGACAGCGUUCUUUCCCACCUAGAGGGAGGCAUCGGCCCCCAAGGGGGGAUUCCUCAGGCAGCCUUUGCCACCUCUGCAUGGCUGCGACCCGGCGAGAGGAGAGUUGUGGCCGCUGAGACCUGGUGUCCUUCGACGGCCUGGCUGAUUCGGCGAGACAGUGGGCAGCUCCAUGCAUUCCUCCCGCUACCCGAGCCCGGCCGAGCUGGACGCCUACGCCGAGAAGGUGGCCAACAGCCCGCUCUCCAUCAAGAUCUUCCCCACCAACAUCCGCGUGCCCCAGCACAAGCACCUCAGCCGCACCGUCAACGGCUAUGACACCAGCGGCCAGCGCUACAGCCCCUACCCGCAGCACACGGCCGGCUACCAGGGCCUGCUGGCCAUCGUCAAGGCCGCCGUCUCCUCCUCCGGCGCUGCUGCGCCUGCUGGGCCCGCCAAAAGCGUGCUCAAGAGCGCCGAGGGCAAGCGGACCAAGCUGUCGCCAGCCGCCGUGCAGGUGGGCAUCGCGCCCUAUCCAGCACCCAGCACUCUGGGGCCCCUGGCCUACCCCAAGCCGCCCGAGGUGCCCGCCCCGCCGCCCGGCCUGCCCGCGGCCGCCGCCACCGCCGCCUCUGUCAUCCCCCUGCCCGGCCGCGGCCUGCCCCUGCCGCCCUCCAACCUGCCCUCCAUCCACAGCAUCCUCUACCAGCUCAACCAGCAGUGCCAGGCCCCGGGCGCCGCGCCUGCCGCCUGCCAGGCCGUGGCCGUUCCCCACCCCAGCCCGGCCAAGCAUGGCCCCAUGCCCAGCUUCCCCAGCAUGGCCUACUCGGCCACCGCCGGCCUGCCCGACUGCCGCAAAGGCACCGAGCUGGGCCAGGGAAGCACACCGGCCUUGACGUUGGCUGGGGCCACCAAGCCUGCGGGGUACGCGGAGGGUGGCCUGGAUUACCUGCUGUGGCCACAGAAGCCGCCCCCACCACCACCCCAGCCACUGAGGGCAUACAGUGGUGGUGCAGUGGCCAGCAAGUCCCCUGAAUCCUGUGCAGGACGGGUGUAUGAGCGGGCUAGCGGGUCACCCCUUAACUGCGGCGUGGGGCUGCCCGCCAGCUUCACCGUGGGCCAGUACUUCGCCACCCCCUGGAACAGCGUGCUGGUGACCCCCACCAGCGACUGCUACAACCCAGCGGCGGCGGCAGUGGCGGUGACCGAGCUGGGGCCGGGGGCAGCCAGGGAGCUGGCGGGGCCCCCAGCGGAGACCCUCUCAGGCCUACCCAGCAAGAGCGUGUGCAACACGGCCGUGCUGAGCAGCUCCCUGCAGUCGCUGGAGUAUCUCAUCAACGACAUCCGGCCGCCCUGCAUCAAGGAGCAGAUGCUCGGCAAGGGCUACGAGACGGUGGCUGUGCCCCGGCUGCUCGACCACCAGCACGCCCACAUCCGCCUGCCCGUCUACAGAUAAGGCCUGCCCGACAGAUGCACAGACUGACGGGGCGCCAGGGGGGGAGGCAGGCUGCAGAACAGGGUGGGCGGCACGUAGGGGGGCCAGCCCUGCCCUGUGUCCGAGUGCCCGGGGAUGCCCAUAGGGAAGCCGGGCUGGCUGCUGCCAUGUGGCCACCCGAUGGGGAGUGGCAAGGUGACCUCACUCGCCAAGGUCCCUCCCCACCCAGGGUGGUCUGCCCCGGGAUGCGGGGAGGGCCCAGGGCAGCCACUGACGUCCACAUCUUCCUCCAUCCAAGCUGGCAGAGCAGGGAGAGAGGAACCAUUUAAACACAGGAAUGGUGGUUCCUGGCUCUCCAGGAGAGGGGCUCCGGCUACAGUGGGAUGCAGGAGGAAAUGUGAAUAGGCUGGUCUAGAGUCAGCGUAGGGACAAAGCAGCCCCCAGGGCUCAGCCAGUUUCUCCCCGACGCAAGCUCCCCAGCCUCCCAGAAAAAGAGCAGAGGGGACCUACAGGAAGUCACUGGGCCCACAGCGCCCCUCACUGCCCAGUCCUCUAAUCCAAUAGAGGCUCUGGACCACUGGUCCCCCUGCUCCUCCUUUCCUAGGCUCUCUUCUCCUCCCCACCAUUCCUUCCCAACCCAGAAUCCCAUCGCCAUCCUCCAAAACCUGGACUGCCACCUGCCCUCUUCCCUCCAGUACAUCGUACAGGGCUGCUGGGCACAGUUGUGCAGGCUAUGUACUGCACAAGGGCAACUCAUCCAAGGAGACACCACUUGCAUCCUAAACUUGUAUAUUUAUUACAGCAAUUUUCUGAAUCUCGAGGAAGGGGCACCAUUUACCUAUUCGCACAAAGGCACCACAGGGGCUACAAUGUCAGAGGGAUCAGACCCUGCCUCCUUCAGGGGUUCUCCUAGCAAGGGGGCUACCUGCUGGUUUUAAUCGGGAGAGCCAAUGCAACUCCCUUCCUGCAAGCCGCCCUCCAAGGCCUGCCCCACACCAUGAGGGGAAAGGCAGGCAGGGGCCCCCCCAUUAGGUCCCCGAAGCCUGAUUUUCCCCAAGUCCUGGCCCCUCUGGCACUCUGGAAGCGGUACUGUAUCUCUCUCCAAGGCCUGUUCAAGCACUAAGUGCAUUUACAAAUCUCUGAGAAUGUUUUUUUUUUAUACUAAAAUUGACCAUUAUAUUCUACUGUGAGAAGUGCAGUCUGCACUAUAUUGUUUUAAAAACGAAGAGAAAGAAAAAAAAAAAAGGAAAACACAGAUGGUGUCUCAGCUGUGGGA